GCGAAAUCGUUCUGUGAUACUCUCACACCUGCAUAAUGUUUUCAAACAGUAGACCUAGUUGUAGCAUAGUCAUUUAUCUGAUAAUUGUUUGUUUAAUUUGAACAUCUUGACAGGCCAUAUUUCAAGAAAAAAUGUUGAUUUGUGCACCACAAAUGAUGCACCUUAUGGAAUCGACUCCAAGGAAGGAGACGAUGCGUGUGGUUGUCCACGUACACGAUGAAGAAAAAGAAAAUGACAAAGCAGUUCAGGUGGCUCUGCUUCCCCUUCUGUGUGCCCACUUCAAAGACGACGAAAAGUGCCUUUUCCAAGUCUUUGAGGAGGGCACCAGUCUUGUGGGGGAGCUUGGCCACCUACCGUCAACCCCUACCAUCGUCGUACUAGGAAGCAUCUUCAAGCAGCAAUGCUAUGUAGCAGUCGAGCAGCAGCUUCUUUUCACCGAGAAUGUGGAUUUUGUUGAAGCAACAUGCCUGCUAUUUUUAGCAUAUUAUGUUUUUAACAUGUCCUAUGCGGAUGGUGCAGCAAAAACCCUGGAGUUCUUGCAAAGGCAGAUAUUUGACAUCAAUCCAUCCAAGGGCAGCAGAUGCCAAGGUGCAAAGAAGUCUCGCACGAAUGUGGACACGAAGGUUUUGAGACUCGCGCAGAAGCUGCGAAUGAUUCAGUGA